AUGAUCAAUGAUGAUCCAGAACAACCAGAAAUAAUCCAAAACUGUUUUGUGUGUGAUUCAGAUUAUGCGCGAGGUUUCGGUGGUAAGUAUGGUGUAGAGAAAGAAAAGCAAGACCGCAGCGCGGCGGGGUGGGACUAUCAAACGAAAUUAGCCCAACAUGAGAGUCAACGGGCUUAUGAGCUCAUUCAGUGCUAUCGAAUUUGCUUGAAACCGAAUGGUGUACCAAUAUCAUUAAUGUGUUGUGAGCCUGAGCCAGCAGUAGGCUAUGAUCCGGCGCUUGUAUCUAUUAUCCAAUUAUCAAUGCUAUCGAAACUAACUAGAGCAAGUUGA